AGAAGAAUCAGCAGCAGAAGCUGAGAUCAGAGCAAAAACACAUCGAUGCUUUAGACAAAAUUAGCGAAUAAUAAUCACUGUCUGGGAUAUUUCACCGCAUUUCCAGCCAUGGAGUUGUCAGAAAUUCUGUACAACAAAGCGGAGUAUAUUGAAACGGCUUCUGGCAACAAAGUGAGCAGACAGUCAGUGCUGUGUGGGAGUCAGAACAUCGUCCUCAAUGGCAAAACUAUUGUCAUGAAUGACUGCAUCAUCAGGGGAGACCUGGCUAAUGUCAGGGUGGGGAGACACUGUGUGGUGAAGAGCAGGAGUGUCAUUCGACCACCGUUCAAGAAGUUCAGCAAAGGAGUGGCAUUCUUCCCGUUGCACAUCGGAGACCACGUCUUUAUUGAGGAGGACUGUGUGGUCAAUGCGGCACAGAUUGGUUCCUACGUCCACAUUGGCAAGAACUGUGUUAUAGGUCGUCGUUGUGUGUUGAAGGACUGCUGCAAGAUCUUAGACAACACCGUGCUUCCUCCGGAGACAGUGGUGCCUCCUUUCACCGUCUUCUCUGGAUGCCCAGGCCUGUUUUCAGGAGAGCUCCCAGAGUGCACGCAGGACCUGAUGAUUGACGUAACCAAGAGCUACUACCAGAAGUUCCUGCCCCUCAGCCAGAUCUGAGUCCCCACUACCAAACCUGCGUUUGUCCUGUGUUCAGUUGGAGGCUCUCAUUAGACACAAACGGACUCUGGGAGCUCACCUUCUAUUCUUCAUCUCUCAUAGGCCUUGAGUUUCACUGCCCGAGGAAAGACAUCUGGUUUGAGCCCUUAAAAUAUUCUAGUCAUUUAGUAUAAGAUAUAGCUGCACAAAGCUACAGUGCAAGCUCUAAAUUGCAGAGAGAAUCCAGACAUCCUGUAAGAUCUCCUUUUUUUCCACACUACACAGUCUAAGAAUCAUGACGCAAUUCUUUCCCUUACAAACACUUUCAUAUAGUCGGAUGGCUUUCCUUGUCAGUGUGUCGGGAAGAAACUCAAGGAGUUCUAUGUGGCUGCUGAUAAUCACAGUCUUUGCUCUGUGGCUCUCUGCCAGCAGCUACAGGUGAGGAUGAAGAGGUGGAGGCACAAUGAAGGAUGUGGGAAGACAGCUUUGUAAUGUUUCACACCCACGGACCAAACCGAUAGCUACGGCAGUUCUUUGAGGAUGUUGGCUUUCCAUGUGCAUCAUUCAUAUUCGCGGUUCAUUUAUACGACAGAGUAUCAUACUCGAUAAGAAAAGAUAUUCUGUCGGGUUUUGUUAUUUUUAUGUUGAACAGCGUGUGUUUGCUUUCUUCUUUGCUGGCUAAAAUAAAUUGUGAUAGUAUUUAAU